AUGGCGGCAGCCACUUCGUCUUGGGGGUUUGGAGGCUACAAGUCAACAACAGGCAGCAGAGCACAUUCCAAAGCUUUGUGCAAAGCAACCCAGCAUGAGCAAGAGCUGCAAGCAUUUCUUCUGUCUGUGGAGCGUGACGAGGAGGGCUUCGAGGCGAUGAUGGACCGGAUCCGUAGGACGUGGCAGGCCAAAUUGGAGGCUACACGUCCCAGUGCGGCCACCGAACCAGCUGGGCCUGUCCAGCCGAAAAGCGACUUCUGUUUGCCCAUGCAACAGAUACAGAGCGCCAAAAUGUGCCCCCUCUUCCAAAGCAAAUGCGGGGCACCUGAACCCCAAAGGUGCAUGGUGAGUUUGUGA